AUGAUUCAGACUGCCCUGGCUCAUGGUGUGACACCAUUAAGCACUACCAUUGAUGCCCUUGCGGCUAGGAUAGCUGUGUGUGAGCGUGGCCAAGGGGCUAGUGAGGAGGUGACGACUUUAAAGGCCGUUAUUGCUGUGUUGAGGAGAGAUGUGGAUCAACUGAAGUCCAUCGACAUGUCCAUGAUUUUCGGUACGGUGGAGAUCCUAGAUGUACUAGAUAUACCUCCGGCUACCACCAGAGAUGAGAUUAGAGUUGAGGAGGCAGCUGAUCCCGAGUCUGAGGCAGUGAUGGAUGAGGAGAUGCUUGAGGUGGCUGAGGAAGCUUCAUAUUAG